AUGGCAGUGAGCUCGAUCAAGAGCUCGAUCGAGUCGAGCCUCGAACAAACGAACUCGAUCGAGCUGGGGACUGAAUGCAAGGAGCAAGCUCAAGGAGAUUGGUCUGAGCUCAAGGCGCCUAAAGUCGACCUCAAACCUUUGCCUGAGGGCCUCAGGUAUGCAUUUCUGGGUGAAAACUCAACUUACCCUGUCAUUGUGAACUCUGAUUUGGAACCUGAACAGUUGAGUGCUUUGCUUGUUGAAUUGAGGAAGUACAGAAAAGCAAUAGGUUACACUCUAGAUGAUAUCAAGGGGAUCUCCCCUGACCUAUGCAUCCAUAGGAUUCAUCUAGAGGAUGAAAGUAAGUCUAGCAUUGAACCUCAAAGAAGAUUGAACCCCAAUCUAAAGGAAGUAGUGAAGAAAGAGAUACUCAAGUUGCUUGAUGCUGGGAUAAUCUAUCCCAUCAGUGAUAGCACUUGGAUAUCUCCAGUUCAUUGCGUCCCAAAGAAAGGGGGGAUCACUGUCAUUAAAAAUGACAAAGAGGAGCUGAUUCCCACUAGAACAAUAGUGGGGCAUCGCAUGUGUAUUGACUAUAGGAAGUUAAAUUCAGCAUCUAGAAAGGAUCAUUUCCCUCUCCCUUUCAUUGAUCAGAUGUUAGAAAGAUUAGCAAACCACCCUUUUUAUUGUUUUCUUGAUGGUUACAGUGGUUUCUUCCAAAUCCCGAUCCACCCCAAUGAUCAGGAGAAAACCACUUUCACAUGCCCUUAUGAUCUGAUAGAGGAGAUGGUAGAAGUCUUCAUGGACGAUUUCUCAGUCUAUGGAGCAUCCUUCUCCUCAUGUUUGUCUAACUUGUGCAGGGUGUUGCAGAGGUGUGAGGAGACAAAUCUAGUACUCAACUGGGAGAAGUGCCACUUCAUGGGGACUUACCUUGGCCUAGAAAAGUUUGGGCCGAUGGCCGAUGGAUUUGUCGCGGUCGAGCGGUUUGGUCGGCCAAUUCGUUAUGGCCGAGAGAUUUCGGCCGAUCGCGGCCUAAUCUUUCCCGGUUCGUGCGUGCCGCGCGAACGGUUUCUGUCGCGCAAUAGUGAAUCCGGCCGAGCACGAGCUAUUCCUUCCCGGCUCGACCGUGGUCGGCCAGAAUGA